CCGGGAGCAGGCGCGGCCCCGCCCCAAGGGAAGCGGAAGCGCCUGUCGGACUGCUGUGAGUUUUGGAGAGAACAACCAUGGGCGUUAGAGGUUUGCAGGGAUUUGUGGCAAGAGUUUGCCCUGAUGUAUGCAAAACAGUAGAUCUGAGAGAAAUGGCAGAAAAACAUCGCGUCGACCAUCCUGAUUUCCCACCUGUUAUUGUAGUAGAUGCCAUGAGUUGUGUUAGAUACUGGUACACACCAGAAUUUUGGGUCUGUGGUGGCCAGUGGCGGGAGUACCUUGCCAUUUUAGAGGAUUUUAUUAACGUUUUUAUGGCAGCUGGUAUCAAGUUGGUGUUUUACUUUGACGGAGUGGUAGAAGACAAAAAGAGAGAGGAGUGGAUCAAACGGAGGUGGAAUAAUACCAAGGAAAUAGCCAGACUAUUUCAGUUUAUUAAGACUCACAGGAAACAACCAGGGAGAGAAAUGUUUGUUCUUCCUUCAGCUUUGCCUACUUUUACACGUUAUGCCCUGAAAUCGCUUGGUCAGGAAACAGUAUGCACAUUGCAAGAGGCAGACUUUGAAGUGGCUGCAUAUGGUUUGCAACACAAUUGCAUAGGAAUUCUGGGGCAAGAUAGUGACUACCUCAUCUAUAAUACAUGUCCCUACUUCUCCAUUGAGAACCUCCGUUUGGACAGACUGGUCACUGUUAUGUACUCUCGAGAGGAACUUUGCCAUGCGCUGGGUAUUAGUUUGACACACCUCCCUCUCUUUGCUUGCUUGCUUGGCAAUGAUGUUGUUCCAGAAAGCUUGUUGGAAGGCUUUUGGCACAAAUGUUUGGUCACCAGUCCCCACAAGAACACAAGCUACAACAGAAGAACAAAAAUACUUCUAGCUGUAGCAAAUUACAUCUCAAAAAUUCCAUGCUCAUGCAGCAGCCUGAAACACUUGGAAGAUACGCUACCUCUGGGAUCAGACAAGACACUGCUUUACAGAGGACUAAAGUCCUAUCUUUUGCCUGGGCAGCAGUCUCCAUGGAUUCCUCCCAGUGUAACAAAUUGUCAGGUGUUACCUCUUCAACAGCAAUCAGCCAUCUGUCAAGAUAAAGAAAUCUUUCAGUUAGCUAAAGAACAGCAUAUCCAAUCUGAAAAUUAUUCAGUCUUCAAUGUCCUGAGUAAUGGAGUGAUUGAAUGCAGCAACUCUUUGGAAGAUGAUUGUGAUACUGAGAUUCCUGGACAGUCACUUAUCUUCCGCCCUGCUCGUCAGCAUAUUUAUUCUGUCUUGUUGGAACCUGGAAAAGGUGGAGCCUAUCCUUUGGUAAAAGAGUGGUUUGUCUAUUUUGGAAAUCCUCUCAAGCAGCCAGAGCUGAUACAACCUGUACAACCUUCUGUUCCAGCAGUGUUUCAUGCAGUAGCCUACGGAGUGCAAAAUACCAGAUCACCUUUUUUUUUUGUUCCCAAACUGGAACCUACUGCAGAGGAGACAUACCAGCACAGUGUUUUAUGGAGAAUACCUGUUUGCCAGCAAGUGGCAUCAAUGAUCAGUUUGUUCAUUAAAAUAGGUGGAACACCUAAUUUGAAAACACUGUGGCUUGCCAAAGGACCCGAUGUGGAAAAGCAACGGUAUAGUACAUUUCUGGCAUGCUUUCACCUUCAGGAUGAGAUGGAAGAAAUCCAAGCUCUAGAAGCACCUGUUGCAGGAUUCUGUUGCUUGCUGACCUAUCUUAUGAUGCAGGUCAGCAGCCUCUCUCUGGAGGACUUAAAUGCAUUUGUGGCACUCGUUCUCUGCCUCAAAGGGAAGUCAGCUGCUCAACUGGCAGGUCUGCAGCUUGCAGAAGUAGACUCCAGAGCUGUACAUCUUGGCGCUGUCUUGGUUCGUGGCCUUACAACGUUGCUCAUGGCCAAUAGUGCCUGUGGCCAUCCAUUCAGAAUGGAUGAUUUGAUGCCUUGGGCAGUGUUUGAUGGAAAACUUUUUCAAGAAAAAUACCAGCAGUCGCACCGAGGUUGCUCUAUGGAAGAGCUUUUGGAAGGCAAUGAGUCUUUGUAUACACCCUUCCAGAAUCUGAAGUCUUUCAUUUGCAAGGUUUGCAUGGCAAAGAAAAGAAUGAUACAGAGCAGACCAAGAGGGAAUGGAUUUAACACAGGAAGAGAACAAAGAGAUUUUAAUCCCAGAUUCCAACAACCACGCAGAAGUCAUUUUGUUUCUCCAUAUCAUAACCAGAUGAGGGGGUUUGUACAGAGAAAUCCUCAACCACAAGGUGGGAGACCCUGUGGUGGAUUGGGACACCCAGACCGGAGGAGAUUUCACCUUCCUCCUCGGUAAAGAAUACAUGUCUACAGGAGGCAAACUGAGAUGAUGGGAUAAUUACCUUUGAGAUCAUUUUUAUUCAUGAGAGCUUCUUUAUGUAAACUUUGUACAAAUAACUGAACCACUUAACUGUGGAGGAAAUCACUCAAAGUUGAGGCUGUUCACCUUGAUAAUCACUUGUCAUGUUAGGUCUCUUGUUUCGAGACCAGAAUCACUAAAACUUAAGUUACAGGUACCUGAGGCACAAUAACAUCUCAGUACAGCUGCAUGGUUGUGUCCAUUUGACAACAGAAAGUCUGAAGUGUUUUUUAUAAGUAAAUUUACAAGUGUUUUUUAAAGUAAAUUUAGGACUUACUUAAACUAUGUUUUUGAAUAUUUUUGUUAUAGUUGUUUAUAUUACAAGACUUUCCCCGCUGUGAGUAAUGUAUCAUGUUCAUGCUGUAUGUCGUUUGUGUCGUAAUUGUGGUUAUAUCCGUAUCUUAAGGGUUAUACCAUUGUUAUUGAAACCUGUAGAAAAGUUUGAAACAUGCCAUCACUGAUGUAGACAUUGUCUGCCUGUGAAACAGUAUCAUCUUUUUGUAAAAUGUAACACUUUCUUACAAGACAGAAACAUUGCUAUUGCAUUUGGUGCUUCCAGUUAAGCGACUUUUUCUAUCUUUGCCAACUGAAGAGAGAAAGAAUCUGUCAUGCUUUACUUCUGUAAUGAAUAAUACUUAUGAGAACUCAGUAUUUAUUUUCUGUCUAGAAUUCUUAUUCAAACACCUAUCUUCAGAAUUAUUUCAUAAAAAUUUAUAUAUUUCACUUUGUGACUCAA